AUGAUUAUUUUAUCUCCCGUCUCUAUACAUGCCGAUUACAUGAUAACACAUCCGAUCUCUAUUAUUAUUAAAGCAACCAUAUGGCAUAAAGGAAAACCAGCCACAAUCAAAUGGAAGAUUCUCGAAAAGGCUGAUGUGACUUCAACCACGAUUGAGCUCUUACGCGGUGAUCCUGAAAAUCUCGAUCACGUUAUGGUGAUUUCCGAUAAAGUGAACCCGAAUUCUCUUGCUUAUUCCUGGACCGUAAAAAAUGAUUUGCCUGCUGGAAAAGAUUAUGUUAUUCAGAUCGGUGAAGAGCCUCAUAAAGUUCGAUAUAGUCAUAAAUUUGAAAUCGUGAACUAA